AUGAAACUAUUAAAUUUUAAAAUUAUUAUAAUUCAAGAUGUUUUAUGUAAUAAUAAAGAUUAUAAAGAUAAUAAUUAUAAUAAUAAUAAAAUUGAAAGAUUAACAACAAGUGCAUUAUCAAGAUCUGCAAAUAGAAUACCAACAACAUCAUCAACAUCGACAUCAGGAACAAUACCAACUACUACUAUUACACCAAGACAAUCUAUUAUUAAUAAUAGAAAUCAAAUUAUAAAUAAACCACAAAAACAGCACCAUUUGUUAGUUCAAAUAGAAAUACAUUAA